GAUGGUAGAAGUCGAACAAUCUAUUGUUUGUGACUUUGGAUCUGAUUUGUGCAAAGUCGGAUUUUCUGGAGAAGAAAAUCCUAGAGACGUUUUUCAAUCAAUCGUUGGAAGACCGAAAAAUGUAAAAGAUGCAAAAGAAUAUUUUGUAGGAGAUGAUGCUCAAUCCAAAAGAGAUAUGCUUACAUUAAAAUAUCCAAUAAAAUAUGGCUUCGGAUCGGAAUGGAAUGAUAUAGAAUGUUUGUGGGAAUAUACAUUUGAAAAGUCCUUACAAGUAGAUCCGUCCGAUUAUCCCAUGUUAUUGACAGAAAUGCCGAAUUGUCCACGCUGUACAAGAGAAAGAGCAGUCCAAAUGAUGUUCGAAAAAUAUGAUGUUCCUGCUUUAUGCCUUAAAAUACAAGCUGUUUUAUCUCUCCUUUCAUCUGGAAGAACAACUGGAUUGGUAUUGGAUUCGGGAGCAUGGGCAACUUAUUCUAUACCGAUUUACGAAGGCUAUGCAUUACCCAAUGGCACAAUGAAAUUAUUAUUCGGCGGUGAUGAUAUUACUUAUUGCUUCGGCCUAAUGCUUUCACCGAAAGGUAUUAAUAUUAAUGAAAACCGUUCAAUUUAUCAUACUAUUAAGAAAAUGAAAGAGAAAUUUUGCUAUAUUGCUAUUAAUCUGGAGGAGGAGUUGAAUAAAUGUGAAUCUUUGUUUGAAAUCGAUUACGAAUUACCAGAUGGCUCAAAAAUUACUAUUGGAGAUGAAAGAUUUAAAGCAGCCGAAGGUGUUUUUCAGCCUAGUAUACUUCAUGUUGAAAGUAUGGGCGUCCAUGAACUAAUAAACUUUUCUAUCGCAAGAUGUGAUCGUGAUAUUAGAAAAGAACUUUAUAGAAAUAUAUCUUUUAACGGUGGUUCAACGCUGUUUCCGGGAUUUGGACAUCGAUUACGAAAAGAACUUCAAUUAUUAACGAAAGGAGAGUAUGAUAUUGAAGUAAGAACACCAGGAAAAGGUUUAUAUUCAGCAUGGGUAGGAGGAUCAUUAUUGUCGUCAUUAUCAACAUUUAAAGCAAUUUGUAUGAGUAAAGAAGAAUAUGACGAAUACGGACCAACAUUGUCUCAUAUAAGAUUCUUUUAG